AUGGCGCUAGCUCGGUCAGCGAGCGUGCCUGGCGGGCUGAGCAUCAACACAGGCGCGGCCAACCUCUUCGGUAGUACGGCCACAUCCCAAGCUCCAGCAAGCAGCGGUCUCUUCGGCUCGGCCACGACACAGACAGCAGCCAAGCCAGCAGGCGGCCUGUUUGGCUCCCCAGCAACAGCGACGCCAGCACCGGCGACCUCUACACCUCCUCUCUUUGGUGGCGGUACGGCAACGACAACAGCGGCACCGGCAGCAGGCGGCCUGUUUGGUGGUGGAGCGACGACAGCGGCAGCAGCCCAGCCUGCCAAACCAGCACUCGGCGGUCUAUUUGGCGGAGGCAGCACGACGACGACAACGACGGCGGCUCCUGCAACGGGUGGUGGACUCUUUGGUGGAGGUACGGCAACGGCGCCGGCGACAACGGGCGGUGGUCUCUUUAGCGCGUCAACAACCACAGCGCAACCUGCGGCUGCCACAGGUGGUCUAUUUGGAGCAAGCACAACCACGCCAGCAGCCGCGGCACCAUCUACAAUGUCUGGUGGUCUAUUUGGCACCACUGCACAGCAACCUCAGCAGCAGCAGCAGCAGCAGCAGGCACAGCAACAGCAACAGCAGGUCGUCCCUGGGGUACGCAUCGACCUGUCCAACCUCAAGGGCACGACGCGCUUCAAUGACCUGCAGGAGAGCCUGCAAAAGGACAUCAUUGCCUUUGACACAAUGAUUCAGUCCUUCAUUGAGCAGAAGAAUCAGGUCGAGGCUUUCCUGCCGGCGCACAGCGAGAGUCUCGAAGCCAUACCGGGCGACGUGCGCUUUGUGGCGCGCAAGUACGACGGUGUUUCGGGCGCCAUGGCGUCUGAUCUGCAGUCCAUCCAGACGCUGCGCGAGACGGUGAAGCAGGACGCAGAGCACGCGCAGCUCAGCUUCAAGGUACUUGACAACCAGAAACUGCCGGCACAGUUCCACACAUCCGGCCUGUGGUCGACGACAGGCGGCGCUGGUGGCAAGAAGAACGGGCGCGGCGGCCGGGACGGUGUCCGUGGCGGCGACGAUGGCAGCGACGGAAAGGCGGGCAGUGACCGGGGCGGCGAUGGUGGCGGCCGCACCGACCUCAUCAACUACUUCUCGCACACGGGCGACGAGAUCGGAUCGCAGCUGCGCAAGCUCGAGUCCAACCUGGGCGAGAUCGAGGUGCACAUGUACAGCGUGCAGGCAGGCCUGUUGGAGCAACUGCAGCGCGUGGCAGCGUCCUCGUCAAACGGAUCGUCGUCUGCUGACGCGAACGGCGACGGUGGCAGUUCGGCCAGCGACAAAGUCGCCGAGCUGGCAGCGGUGCUCCGCGACUUUGAGGAGAGCAUCCUGACGGUGGCCAGCUUGGUUGGCUCGGCACGAGAGAGCAUGACGGGGCUGCAGCUGGGCGGCUUUCUGGGUCGGCGGUAA